AUGGAGAUCAAGGACAACAUUGAAAACCUCAGGACAGAACUCACCUGCUCCAUUUGCUUGGAGUACUUCACCAAACCAGUGACUAUUGACUGUGGACACAGUUUUUGCAAAGAGUGUCUCUACCGAAGCUGGGAGGAAGCUCCCGUACCAGGGACUUGUCCAGUUUGCAGAAGAACAAGCCAGCCCAGAGACUUAGAACCCAGUAAAUGCAUAGAGAAUCUAGUGAUCCUCACUAAACAGUUCAGACCUCAUUUAAUGCAAUACCUCAGUUGCCCGAACAUCUGUGAACAACAUCUAGCAAUUCAGAGGCUGUUCUGUGAAGAUGACCAGAAGCUGCUCUGCAUGUCCUGCUUGUUCUCCCAAGAACACAAAGCUCAUGGUGUGUAUCCCAUAGAAGAGUUUGCAGAGAACUGCAAGAGGAAACUCCAGGAAGCCUGUGAUAGUUUGCGGAGAAAAGCAAGUGAGGCUGAAAUUUUGUUGGACCAGGAGCGAAGGAGAGUGCAUCAGUGUAAGAUGGAAACACGGGUCCUGAAGCAGGUUAUCAUACCAGAAUACAUCAAGAUGUGCACUUCCUUGACAAAGAAAAGCCAAAUCAAUCCACAAAAGCUGGACAAGGAAAAAAGAAAGAACAUGAGAGAAUUAAUGGGGACUGAGGCCAGAUUCUCCCAAUAUAUCCAACACCUAAAGAAGAUGAUUGAUGAGCUAGAGAAGAAUUCCGAGAAGCCACUUAUGGAGAUGCUCCUGGAUGUGAGAAGCACAUUGGAAAGGAGUGAGCUGCUGUUGCUUCAAUGUCCAGAGCCUGCUACUCUGGACGGGACUCAUUGUGGAAUGAGGGAAAUACUAUUGACCUUCCAAAGGAACAUUACUCUGAAUCCUGAGACAAUGAAUUCCAAUCUCAUCCUCUCUGAAGAUCUGAAGAGUGUGAAACUUGCAGGUGUCCAAGCCGGACAUGCGUUUUCUAUCCUGGGUGCCCAGAGAUUCCUUUCAGGUUGUCACUAUUGGGAAGUGGAGGUGGGGGGGGAGACCUCGUCCUCUCCCGCCCCGCCCUGCCCCGCGGCGCAUUGUGGGAUCGGGCCUGCGAGGCUUGGGAGCGGACUCGGCACUUGA